GUGGCGGCCAAUGACAAAUGAAGAACGUCGGUGCAGUUCCGUCGACGUCACUUCCUCUUCCGUGCCCUUGGAAGCCGCAGGAGCGUCGCUGUGUCCGGGAAUAAAACACAUGGCUAAACUCAGCAAAGAGACCAAACAGCGGCUGCAGCAGCUGUUCCAAUGCGGCCAGUUUGUCAUCCGAUGGGGUUUUAUCCCAACCGUGCUGUACCUCGGUUUCAAACGGGGAGCAGAUCCAGGAAUGCCAGAGCCCACGGUGUUGAGUUUGCUAUGGGGCUGAAGACCACCGUCACAGCCAAUCUCCUCAUCCUCCUCUCAGACCAUGUGACACAUCCGCUACUGGAGGAGAUGGACGACAUCUUCCCUCUCUAUAACUUGCACCGUUUACCACCCGAGAUGUAAUGAACGAAUAUCUUCCCACAUUGUAAACGCCCGGGCUAAACGUACGAUGGAUGUACAGAAGGUGUUUGCUUCUGUGCUCCUGGACAUAUGUAGGGAUGACUGGACUAUCAGUUGAAAGUUUUUGUGCGUGAAUGUGUGACACUGUUGUUUGGGUUUACUAAAGUCUUCAAGCUUUUCUCAUUUUUUAUUUGUAAUUUAAAACUUCCAAAAAUAAAUCCUCAACAAAAUGA